GUCAUCUAUUCGCAUCCGCACGAUCAGACAUGGCUAUCGAGAACGGCACUUACACCAUCCAGAACGCCUACACCCACGGCUACAUCACCCUCGCGAACAACAACGAGGGGACUCCUCUGAAUGCUGGAAGCUCCAGCAGUGAUGCUAACGCACAGUGGAAGGUGACCGCGGUGGGGAACGGACGUUACAAGAUCGAAAGCAUCAAGUAUUCAAGCAAGUUUGCGAACACCGGCUAUCCUGGACAAUUGCAGGAUGCUGUUGUUUCUAAGUCCAACGUUCAUGAAUUCAAGAUCGUUGAGACCACCACCUCUGGCCAGUAUAACAUCGUCUUGACCAACAACGACCUCUUCUGGGGCUUCGACAACGGAGAGGUCGGCACUUCCGUCACCCUCCGCCAGUACCCCACUGACUCGUCCAACAAGUGGGUCUUCGCUAAGGUCUAAGGUCAGCAUUCGGCGAGAGCAUCAGAAGACCAGUACGCUGGUCUUGUGGUAUUGCACUGUGUACGAGAGUUUAUUGAGAACUUGAUACUAUUCGAAUGUGACUGUUUUGUAUGCGAUGCUUGUUGUGCAAUAUGCCAUGUUCCAUGUAAGAGACG